CUCGAGUCAGCCUUCGUGCGUCCCUGUUCGCUGUUUACUCGUCUCUACCUCUCCACUCUCCCUUCGCUCUGCCCAAACCAACAGCGGGACCAGACGUGCUGCUCUCCUCACUCCAGGAUGCACUCGUCUCCGCUGAGGCUCGUUUAGCACACCCCAGAGUAGUCUGAUAGAGAGCUUUUGGUUACGGGAUUUGGCCAUGGGUUUGUGCGUGGUUCCGCUGCUCCUCGGCUAUUACUUAGUGUCCAGUUUGCUGUGUAACGCUGUGGCUUUCGUGGAGGAGCCGUCUGGGGGCAGAGCGGACGGGUACUGCGGCCGGAUCCUGCGCGCACAGACCCAGGGCACCCGCCGGGACGGACACCAUGAGUUCAGGCUGCGAGUGGAGGGCGACCCCGAGACCUACCAGCCCGGCAGCACGUAUAGAGUGGUCCUGCUGGCACAAAGCCCCUCCUAUUUCAGGGGCUUCACUCUCAUCGCUCUGAAGGAGGGGAGAGAGGGCACCGCUGAAGACGACUACACGGGACAGUUUCAGAUUAUUGAUGAAGACGACACACAGUUCAUGACCAACUGUCCACCUGCAGUGACAGAGAGCACCCCCCGCAGACGCACCAGGAUACAAGUGUUCUGGACAGCGCCCCCCACUGGUAGUGGGUGUGUCAUCCUCAAGGCCAGCAUCGUGCAGAAGAGAAUCAUCUAUUUCCAGGAUGAAGGUUCCCUGACUGUCCGGCUGUGUGAGCGAGAAAUCGUGUUUGGUGAAGCCACUCAGACACCUGCUUUGGAGUGCUGUGCCUGUGGAACGGCCAAGUACCGCCUCACCUUCUAUGGAAACUGGUCUGAGAAAGUACAUCCCAAGGACUAUCCAAGACGAGCCAAUCACUGGUCUGCUUUGAUUGGGGCUUCCCACUCCAGGAGCUAUGUGCUGUGGGAGUACGGAGGCUACGCCAGUGAGGGGGUGCGGCAGGUGGCCGAGCUGGGCUCACCCAUCAGGAUGGAGGAGGAGAUCCGCCAGAAGGGAGAUGAGGUCCUGACAGUCAUUAAAACCAAAGCUCAGUGGCCGGCCUGGCAGCCCCUGAACCUACGAGCUGCCCCCUCUGCAGAGUUCUCAGUGGACCGUACACGUCACCUGAUGUCCUUUCUGACCAUGCUGGGGCCCAGUCCAGACUGGAACGUGGGUCUGUCCGGAGAAGACCUCUGCACCAAGGACUGUGGCUGGGUCCAGCGCCUGGUGACAGACCUCAUCCCCUGGGACGCAGGCACAGACGGAGGCAUCACAUAUGAGUCUCCAAACAAGCCCACGAUUCCUCAGGAGAAGAUCCGGCCCCUGACCAGCCUGGACCACCCCCAGAGUCCCUUUUAUGACCCCGAGGGAGGGGCCAUCACUCCAGUGGCCAGAGUGGUUGUGGAGCGCAUCGCCAGGAAGGGAGAGCAAUGUAACGUGGUCCCAGACACUAUUGACGAUAUCGUGGCUGAUAUCGGACAAGAGGAGAAAGAAGAAGAUGAUACCCCAGAGACUUGCAUCUACUCGGGCUGGUCCCCCUGGUCGGCCUGCAGCAGCUCCACGUGUGAGAAAGGUCGUAGGAUGAGGCAGAGGAUGCUCAAGGCUCAGCUGGACCUCAGUGUGGCCUGUCCCCACACUCAGGACUUUCAGCCCUGCAUGGCCCCGGGCUGCAACAUGGAGGAGCCGUCGACGUGCAUGAUGUCGGAGUGGAUCAGCUGGUCUCCCUGCAGUGUGUCCUGUGGGAUGGGCAUGAGGUCCAGGGAGAGAUACGUCAAACAGUACCCUGAGGACGGCUCUCUGUGCCAGCUCCACACCGAGGAGACCGAGAAGUGUGUGGUCAACGAUGAGUGCUCUCCUAGUAGCUGUGUGGUAACGGAGUGGGCAGAGUGGGACCCCUGCAGUGUGACCUGUGGGCUGGGCAUGAGGAGGAGAGAGCGAAUGGUGAAGAUGCCCCCUAUUGACGGCUCCAUGUGUAAGACUGAGGUGGCCGAGGUGGACAAGUGCAUGAUGCCAGAGUGCCACACCAUCCCGUGCAUGCUGACGCCCUGGUCGGACUGGAGCGAGUGCAGUGUGACUUGUGGGCGGGGCUUAAGGACACGACAGAGGAUGCUGAAGUCUGACCCCACUGAGUGCACAGAGGAGCUGGAGCAGACUGAGAAGUGCAUGCUGCCAGAGUGCCCGAUUGACUGCAUGGUGUCAGAGUGGUCCGAGUGGUCUGAGUGCAACAAAUCGUGCGGUAAAGGCCACACCAUCCGCACGCGCAUGAUCAAACUGGAGCCUCAGUUUGGGGGCAGCCCCUGUCCUGAGACCAUCCAGAGAAAGAAGUGCAAGAUCCGCAAGUGUCGUCAGAAGGCCAAAGAGGAGAGGGGCGGAGCCGGCAACAGGAGGAGGCGGGGCAAGCAGGGCCAGGAUGCAUCUGUGGAGGAUCAGCAAGGUUGCCGGAUGCAGGGCUGGGGCACUUGGUCGGACUGUUCGAAGCCCUGUGGUGGUGGAAUCCAGGAGCGCUUCAAUACAGUGAAGAAAAGGCCCAGAGUAGCUCAACCAGCAAACUGCAAAGAUCGCAAGGAGAUCCGUGCAUGUAACGUCCAUCCCUGCUAGGGGGCACUACUGAGCUACACAAGCUACAGAGAGAGAGGGAGAGGGAACGGUGAAAUUCUGACGCGGACACAACUGAGAAAUAAAUGUUACAGUGUUUUUUAGCGAAGCCAUUUUAGAUGUUUUGAUUUGAGUGACAGGGCUGACUUCUUUAAGACCACUAUGAAGGUUACAGUUAUUGGAUGUGGUCUGAACCCAUGACUUCAAUUGACAGACUUAUAAUAUAGCCAUAGACAUAAAAGAUUUCAGCAGCACAUUACUACUUUAUGGAGAGUAGCAAUAGAAAUUAACAAUUUCUUUUUGUGAACCAAUAUUAAAAACGUACAUGGUGAGAAUGUUAACUGGUAAGGCAACUUGUUGUAAAUGGCUUUUGUAAAAUAAAAUCUUGCUAAAAUGUUAAAUAUAUAUCUUGGUUAUUAGCCCUAAUCAGAGAGAUAAAAUAAGAUGGAUUUUGAGGAGGUCCCUGAACACUCUGGAGGUACUGUGUAUGUACUCCCACUAACCACUCUUAUAAAAGACACUGCUAUGUAAAGUAAACAUUGACACAUUGAAACGAGAUGUUUUAUACUAUUGGAGUUAGUCUUUCUAUACUGUACUGUUAUUGUUAUUGUCCUUUCAGCUAAUGUAGCAUUAAUCUUCACCAGGUCUGCACACACCCUCUUCAAGCAUGUGUCAAUACAGAUUUGACCCUACACUGUCCCUUGUAAGGUUGAUGGGAAUAUAUUUGGUGUGGCCUAAAAACAAUGAAAUGAAAUACAACCAACUCACAUGGAGAAAAUUGUGAAAUGGUUGUUAAUAAAUUGUGCAACUUAAUAUCCUUGUAAUAAAACAAUAUUUUCUUUUUUGCGCCUUAUCCACUCCUUCAUUCAUUUGCUAAGAAUGCCAUUUUUAUUAUUUUGAUGUCAGGAAGAACCGCAGUUUUGUUGUAGAUUAAAUCUGACUGUACUUCUGUGUGUUGGUUUGAGACUCAAGUCCGCUCAGUGACUGUUAGCGCACAUUUAUAUGUUCCAGGCACCAAAGUUUUAUUUCAGAUGUUGCUUACUUCAUUCUGGUAAAGGCAGACUUUCUUUGUAUCAUGUGACUAUUUUGUAAGAAACCACUUUACAAUAAAAAAGUAAAUGUGAAAGGU